AACAGUUGUGAGGCAACAUGGCGAACGCCGGUGGAAUGACCGUGGAUGGGGACCUGAUGCGAUACACUGAGUACUCUCCAAAAACCAGUGUUAGAAGUGACGCGGAGAUAGACAGGCAGCUGGGACGGACAUUAAUUGCAGUUGGUCUUGGUGUGGCUGCAGCAGGGUUUGCAGGCCGGUAUGCUUUCCACCUUUGGAAGCCUCUUGGCCAAGUCUUCUCUGAAACUGUGAAGAAGAUGCCUUCGUCAACUUUUUCAUCAUACUACAAAGGAGGUUUUGAGCAGAAGAUGUCCAAACGAGAGGCCAGCCUCAUUCUGGGCAUCAGCCCAGCCAGCACUAAAGCCAAGGUACGAGAGGCCCAUCGGAGGAUUAUGGUCUUGAACCAUCCGGAUAAAGGUGGUUCCCCGUAUCUCGCUGCCAAGAUCAACGAAGCUAAAGACCUUUUGGACAAAGAGACUCGCCGAUGAUGCACACUGUCAAUGAGCACUAAAGACUUUCAAACCCCCUCAGCUUCAAAGUACUGCUCGAAUGAGGAUGAAUACCGUACAGGGGAAACCGCUAAAGUUCAAGAGGAUCGUUAAAAGGAUUCUUUGUUAAGCUGCCAGAGUAACUUGUGUUUAACUGAAUUUGUCACCCCUGUGAUUAUAAGGUUAAUACAUCCUUAAAACUACCUGCUGUUAUUUUACACGUAGAAGUAAUGUGUUGUAUUUAAAUGAAGGGGUUUGAAAAGGAUAUAUACACCACCUAGUGGCAGCUGGCUGAAAAUGGAACAGUAAUUGUGCUAAGUUCAUUAUUGGCUGUGUAAAUAUAAUGAAUAAGGAUCUAUUUAAGCAGCAAGAGAACAAACUCUGUUUUCAUAUUUCAAUGUUUUAAUGUGGAAGUUAAAAAACUUAAUUUGCAAAUAUUCACAGUAGGAUCUAUUUUUAGAUGUCAGUGCACUUCUUGAAAUGUAUUCAAUUGAAAGUUUCAGAGCUAUCUUACAGCUGUUCUAUUAGAAAUGUUGAACAAUAAGCUGCCUUUGGCAACUCAAACCUUAAAAUAACCAUACAUUUUGUAAUUUACCUGCUGUUUCUUUACCUGUAGCCAUACAUUUACCCAUUAAUCUGUUUCAUGCAAAAAUUGUCAUCGACAAAAAAUCCAUGAAGUUCAAAAGCUUUAUUUAGAGAAGGAUGCUGUAUUGAUGUCAUGGUACAUGUGAAUAGACAGAAGGAACAAAGCAUAUAGCAAUUACACUUACAGCAGCAAUUAUUGGUCAAACACCAACCAGUUACUGAGAGGUUUGCUUGGGAAAUUUCAGGGGAAAAAAAAAAAAAGAAUCCGUCCUUUUGGGAUGUUGCUACGUUGGCUAAUGACAACCAGAUACUGGCCUCUGAGUGAACAGCACAUGGUCUGAUUUCCACUAUGAUAGGAAGUUUAACGUUUUAAGUCCUUGACAGACGUAAGAAUCAUGAACACAAUGUUACGACAGUGAUGGAUGACAUGUCCCAGAGACCGCAUAAACGGGAAAUAGUUAAAGUCCAACUGAAAUGAAAAAUAAAUCGCUCUCCUUUAUGCACAUUUAUUUGUUCAAAUGUGUAACUACAGAUAUGAAGGCCCAAAACCCUCCUCCACAAGAGUUUAAAAAGGAUACAAAAACAAUAUUUUGAAGAAAUGUUUUUAAAAGAAAAAAAAAAAAAAAAAACAGGGGGCAGUGUUCUAACAGCCAAAACCCUAAAUAUAUAUCUGGAUAUAGCAUGUCAGUCCAUGAUCAAUAUAAAACUGUAUUAAAUGAAUAAUCUGACAUUUACAUUUUGAUAUACUUUAUUACAUCACACUAACCGUUGUAGUCACACACACUGCUCGACCCCAGCUAUGGUCAGAGUGAUCCAGCUCCUUAUCCUGGAUCAUGACUCACGUACAGGAAAAUGGGAUCACUUGAAAAAGAAACUACACCCACUCAUUUGUACAAAGCAGUGUGAGAACUGCUGACUCAGCCACACUAAAGCUAGCCAUGUCAAACAGUCUCUGCCUUCACUGUUGAGUUAAAACUCAUUAGCAUAAAAUAAUGGUAGCUGCUCAUCCAGAAACCGAAGUAUGCACAUUCAUGAUCUUUAAAACAGUACCUGAUGGUGUGUCUUGAUGAAAAAAUGGCCUCCUAGAAACUGAAUCAUAGACACCUUUUCCUACUCUCAUGUUACUUUGUUUAAACUACAGAUGCAAAGUUUGCUGGUUACUUAAGUCAGUCCUUUAGUACAUGUUUACCUUUACUAAGAUAUUUGCAGGAACAUAGCUCUGCCAUCUACAAAGUGGCUCAUGUAACAUAAAAUGAAGCAUCUGAAAAGCUCUGCUAUGCUAAUGCUAAUGCCUGUCUGUGAAGCCCUGCUCUUGCAGGUCAAAGUUGUUGUUUUUUCCCGUGUCCAAGAAAAUAAAGUUGGACUUUUG